AUGAAUUUUGUUUUAUUUUGUAAACGCAAAACAUUUUGAGGGGAAAGGGAGAUCAUUUUGUUGCGAGCGAACGAACGCAAUGUUGACACAUUUUAGUCAUGUGUUGGAAAAAUACAUAUUUUCACCAUCUGCAAAAUAUCGUAAUUUAAUUGCCACACAUUUCUACCAGGACAAGACUCAAUAUCUGUAAUUUCAUUUAACCAAUCAUGUCAGUUACUAAACGUGAAAUGGAAAAACUUAUCCAUCGUGUCGCCAAGUUGGAAGCAUUCGUGACAAAAAUUGCAAAACAUUUCGCACAACUUGGCAUCUUUGAUCUGGGCGAUGACGAAGAAUCCUCCGAUUCGGAAUACGUACCACAAAAAUUCGCUGGAGAAAGACACCAAAAAUUUAAAAGACGAAAACGAAAACGUAUCGACGGCAAGACAUCAUCUCAAACAGUUUCCCAAGGCGACGACCAGCACGAGAAUCACGACCCAAUUUACAUCGUGGACCAGGAAUCCGUGGAAAUUGGACCUGACUCUGUUAAAAUGGAACCGGAGGAUUCUGAAGAAGAAGUGGAAAUUUAUCCGUAUACUUCCGAUUUUGUAAUAAUCCCUUCCCAAGAGAAUAUUGAGCUUCCGGCGGAAGUUGGAGAAGGCCUUAAUUCAGUGGGGACAAAAGAUGCAUUAAUCCCCCCGCCCCCUCCACCACAUAACCUACCUCAUCUUCCUAAGACUGUAAAAGGCUUCAAGACCCGAGACCCUGUCUGGGCAUAUUUCGAAAGUGUGAAUGAAACUACCCGAACUUAGAAAUGCAAGCUGUGUGGAAAGGAAUUUAAACACGCGAAAAAUGACCGUCUCAGAGUCCACAUUCAAAAUAAAUGCGUCAGGCGAGGAAGGGGAAAACAAUACAGCUAUUCAGGAGUAGAAGAGUUCCCAUCAAUCACUCUUAAAAAUAAUGUUACCCUUUGAAAAAGUAUUUAGAUGUGUAUCUUCUCAAAUCUGUUUUAAGCAAACUGUACUAAAAUCUGAGACUAAAUUGUUCUGCGUAUUAAGUUAAGGAUACUCUGGAUUUAGUACAGUUUAUGUAACACGCAUUGCAAUUGAGACGAUGCAUAUCCACUUUUUUAAACGGUAAUAUUAUUUUUAUGAGUGUGAAAUAUGCACAAGUUUGGGCAUGUCUUUAUUGUAUCGUAAUUUUGUAUUUGUAAGAUAAUGUUACCUUUCGAGAAGUUAAUGCAGUCUGAAUUUCAGAUUGGAUAAAUAAUACUAAAUCCAGAGUGGCGUUAAUUUAAUAAAGAGUACCCCGGGUUAAAUAUAGAUUACGUAGUAUGAAAUUAAUUGCGAAUCUACUUUUCCAAAGGGUUUUUUCCCAAUCAUUUUUUCAGUGUAUUUUUACGAAUGUUAUUUUUAAGAAUGUAUGGACAAAUGUGUGCACCUAUUUAUUUCCAACCGGAUCUUGUUUUGAUGUGAGGCUUAAUUUAUUUGGUAGCCCUUAUUAAAAGUUUGUAUUUUGUGCACACACUUUUCUUUGUAAAAAAAUUUCUCACCGCUCUUAAAAAUAUGUUACCCUAUUUAAAAGUAAUUACAUUCUGAAAAUGAGUGGAUCCUCCUUAUCGACUUACAAUUAGUCUCUUUGUAAACAUAAAUUUUGAGUAAUUUCAUUUUCUCGGAGCUUGAAAAGUCGUUUUAUUAUAAACGAAUCUAAUAAUUAUUGUGAAUUUGAGUUCUUUUAUCCACUGUCUAAUAUUAACGUUAAUUCUGAUAACUUUUGAAUGUUUCUUAACAAUAAUAUGGUUAUGAUAAAACAAAGACCUAUAUUGGAUACUAGUA